GUUUGCUUCCCGAGCCUUUGGUUUUCUGUAUGCUCCAUCCCCCACUUCUCUGAUCAGGGCAUGUCGUCGAGCUAUCGUUGCUGCAUAGGCUGGAUACGCAAAGCGUCGAGAAUCUGGCGCACUCGUGAACAUCCUAAGGUACUAGCGUACCAAUCGCAAAACAGCAACAUGGCAGUAGUAUCACAGAAAAUGCAAAACCAAAACAAAAACACCAGAAACCAGCCUGGACGGACAGGGCGAGAAACGCGGUCGACUGAACACGAGGGCAGCCCAGAUCUCGCAGGGCCGACCUCUCAGCCAGACCCGACUGCACUGACCAACUCGGGCAACGUUCCUGCCCCCCGGGUUCCUGGAGCAAACUCGCCUCCGCGUGGCCGCCCUCGUCGAACGGUUCCUCCAUGCCGGCGUUCGCCCCGGUCGGCCCCUCGCGGCUGGGCGUAGCCGCGUGGGGCAUGGUGGCCCUGCGCAUCAAACGCGUGACGCCGCCGGCGGGCCCGACCUGCACUUCCGAGUCGGCACCGCCUGCACCCGCGACAAUGGCCGCAGCAAGGACGGCGGCGAACGCCAUGGCGCGCAUGAGAACGGAUACUUGGCUUUCUGGCGCGCGGGUUACAACGGACCAGAAUAAUUUCGGAGCAGGAGCGGGCGCCGGUGGGCCGCAGGUUGCGCCCCGCGGCGAGCCCAACCCGCACCGACGGACAUGCUGCGGCAAGCCACGCCCUCCCCGUCCCAGAGGCGCCUCCGCGCAGGACGGCGCGAGCGGCGCGCCUCGCCGCGCGGCCAGCGCCCGCCAGGGGUAAGGCGCGGGUACCGAGAC